AUCAUUAUAUUACACGACGACUGCUGGAAUACUACGGAGAAAUGGAAGGUGGUCCCACAAAAUCCGAUAUUCAGAUGAUUUUCAAGCGUCUACGUUCGAUUCCUACGAAUAAAAUAUGCUUUGACUGUAAUAGUAAAAACCCAACCUGGGCUAGUGUCACGUAUGGUGUAUUCCUCUGUAUAGACUGUUCAGCCACCCACAGAUCACUUGGUGUUCAUUUAACAUUUAUCAGAUCAACUCAAUUAGAUACGUCAUGGACAUGGCCUCAAUUGCGUGCAAUGCAAGUUGGAGGAAAUGCAAAUGCAGUCGCUUACUUCAGACAGCAUGGAGCUUCGACCAAUGACGCUCAAGCUAAGUACAACAGCAGAGCAGCCACGCUCUACAAGUCAAAGAUCAAGGAACUCGUAGCAGCCGCCAUUAGAAAAUAUGGCAAAGAGCUUCAUCUGGAGGACUUUGUUCAGUCGCCCCAGCAGAAGGAAGUAGAUUUCUUUGAGGAGCAUGCCGAUGAAGCGCCCUCUAACAUCACGCCCAUCCCUGCAGGUACAAGCAAUGGACGGUUAUCAAGCAAUCCAGAACCGCUCAAAGUUCCUGCACCAUCAGCCUCUCCAAAACCAGCCCCCGAAGAAUCAGUAGGUGCACCUAACGUUGAAGCUGCUCUCAGUACGUCGCCCUCUCAGGUCAAAGUAGAACCAAGGAAACCCACUAUAGGACAGAGGAAACCUGCAAGCGCAAAGAAAGGGCUUGGUGUGAGAAAAGGCAAAGGUCUCGGAGCUCAGAAGGUCAAAGCAAACUUUGAUGAUAUAGAAUCUCAGGCUCAGCAACAGGAUAAGAUGAGGGAAGAGAACGCCAAGAUGGCAGAGCUUCAGAAAGCCAAGACGAAAGAAGAGGAAGAAGCCAGGAUGGCAUCCAUGCGUCUUGCCUACAAGGACAUGUCAGUCGAGAUGAAGAAACAGGAGGAGAAAUUGAAGAAAGAAAAUCCAAACAAAGCCAAACAGAUGGAACGCCUUGGAAUGGGUUAUACUGGAAGAGGUGGAGUAUCACAUUCAGCCAUGAACGAUAUGCAGACCAUUGAACAGGUCAACCCGGUCAAAUCAGGCAGUGGAAGCAGUCGGUCAAGAUCCAGGGAUUUCUUUGAUGAUUAUGACACCGGCUUUUCACGUAGUUCAUCUUCCUCAUCGAGAGGUUUCAAGGAUUCCAGCACCGCCUCAUUCUGGGAUGACAAAGACGAUCAGAAAACAGAUUCCAGCUGGGAUAUUAUCGACAAGAGUGAGACGAGACAAAGCAGUUAUGAUAGUAUCGCCCCUUUAGAAUCAAGGACCAAAUCCACGCCCAGAAAGACGGAGUAUGACUCUGGAGCGUCGUCGGGCGAAGCCUUGAAGCGUUUCGCGAACGCAAAGAGCAUCUCGUCAGACCAAUUCUUCGACCAGGAGAAGAAUGCUGAUCAUGAGAGCCAGUCUGGCCGGUUCUCAAACUCGCAAUCCAUAUCAAGCGACGACUUCUUCGGGAGGUCAGCGACGAGGGGGCCCUCCGGGGCUGAUCUGGGGGCCAUAAAGGACGGCAUGAAGGACGGCGUCAAUCAGGUCGCCGGCAAGCUGUCCCGUAUGGCCAACGGGCUCGUCAACUCUAUACAGGAUCAUUAUGGAUAUUGAUAACAACAUGUCUAGUGUAGUAUACCCUCAUCCAAGUGUCUUUAUGCUCCAA